AGAGAGAGAGAGAGAGAGGUUGAGCUGGAAUAAAAGGACUAAAAAUUAGUGUGAGCUCAAAAAUUAGAGAGAGAGAGAGAGAGAGAAAGAGAGAGAGAGGGAGGAGAGUGGAGAUGGGGAGGUUGAACAACUCCUGCUUGAAGCUCCUCGUCUGCACCCGCGGCGGAGGCGCCGGCGCCGCCGAUUCCGCCGGCGCCGCCGACGAUGUCGACGUCGACGAGGGUAAAGUGAUAUCGGACAAACGAAGGUGGAGCUUCCGGAAGAGAUCGACCAGGCACCGAGUGUUAAGCAACAGCGUGAUCUCAGAUACCACCUCUUUCACCAGUGACAAGGAAAACACAGAUGUCGCGACCAACCCCUCUUAUUUGCUUGAACGUUCUUCGGCUCCAGAAAAGAUUACUGAAGAGGAGAAGCCAAAUGAUGAUACAGUACUAUCCAAUGCGGAAGUAAAUACUGAAGAAACCAAUUUGCUUAGUACUGAUGGGAGUAGCCACCCCGUUGAUCAACGCAAUCUCGAGCCUGCUGCAAUUUUCGUUCAGGCUGCUGUCAGGGGAUACUUGGCUAGGAAGGAACUGAGAAAACUUAAAAGUCUUGUGAAGAUGCAAGCUGCUGUGCGUGGAUACUUAGUCAGGAGGGAGGCCGCUGAAACAUUACGUUGUGCUUUUGCAAUUAUUAAAAUGCAAGCACUUGUUCGGGCUCGUCAGGCACGCCAAUUAGUUGAAAAAUCAGGUUCACAGGUGAGUGGAAAUUGUUAUGUGGAACCAAAGAAAACAUAUUCUUCGGCUGAGAAAUUACUUUUGAAUGCAUUCGCUUGUCAGAUCAUGAAAACUAUGCCGAGGACAAAACCCAUUCACACAAAGUGCGAUCCUUCAAAAUCUAAUUCAGCAUGGAAAUGGUUGGAGAGGUGGAUGUCUGUUUCAUCAUCAAAUAUUAACGAAUGGGAAAAAGAAAUUCUUACUGAAGGUUAUCAGGGACAAGGAGAAAGCACUGAACCGGCCGAUGACAAAGUGCUACAUGGGCUCGAAUUUGGUAAUGUCACUUUGUCGUCUAAGUCAAAUUUAACUCCUAGUGAGUUAAUUUUUCCAUCUGAAAGUGAAGUUAUGUCAACGAACAUAAGCUCUGGUGCUUUUGAGUUUCAUGCUCCUAUCAGUACUCCAGAUAAUUGCUCUAGUUGUUUUGAGAAGGAUGAGAAGGAAACAAAGUUGCUCGAGAACGAGGUUGCUGCUGUUGGUAUCAUGGAGGAGGGUCAUUCCAAUAUUGAAAGUGCUUCGGAAAAUACAAUCACCUCCUUACCAGGUCAAAAGUAUUUUGGGACAGAUGAUAAGUCAGAAAGUUAUGGCGAUAGUCUGAAGCAAGCCGAUAAAGUGGCUUCUUAUGAACCGCUUGAGAAUGCAGGAAAGAAAUUCCUCAAUAGAAAAUCUUCUAAUCCGGCAUUUGCUGCUGCGCAGCUAAAAUUUGAAGAGCUGAGCGGAAGUAAUGCUGUCAAGAAGUCGCUCGGUUCUACUUAUCAGGAUAAUGCGAGUAAAGCAAAAGUAAGUAGCUUUAACUCACACGUGGAUUGUUCAACAGGAGCAAACAGUGAUGUAAGCUUAUCAGAGAACUUGGUGCCGCAUCACCCGAGAGUUCAAAGCGCUGCUUCAGAAUGUGGCACAGAAAUUUCCAUCUCCUCGACGCUCGACUCACCUGACAGGUCCGAGACUGAAGGUGGGGAGAUUGUCCUUGAAAUUGGAGCUUUGGAGAAACAUAACUACGACAACAAUGGUGGUGCUGAUAAUAAUAUUAGUUAUGUAAACAUGCAUGAUGGAACAAAGAACUCUGAUUUUGAAGUCCAUCAGCUGCAAAAGUCCGAGGAAGAUGAUGAGAAUUUAGCUAGUGCAGCUACUGCUGUUGACUCGAUGCAUGGUGAGCAACAAUCUGCUGUCGAAACCACUCUAGAUUUACAGGAUAAAUUGGAAAAAUCACCACAAGGAACUCCGAGAAGCUCCACUACUGUCACAGAGUUGCACGAUACCCCGUCAAGUCAAACUUCCAUAAAUGCCAAAAAGGGCAAAAGGGAUAAUGAUAUACCAAGUAAGAAGCAGCGAUCUCGUGCGGUAAGCAAGAAACUGAUAUCUAGCGUGAACAAUGACUUAGGUGGAAGAAGCAGCACAGAAAGCUUGGUAAAAGACUCGAAGAAUACAAAGAGACGCAACUUGGUGGUGACAACAAAACCUGACCAUGCCGAUCAUGAGCCUCGGAUCAGUAAUAGCAAUCCCCUGCCGAGUUAUAUGCAAGCCACAGAAUCUGCAAAAGCUAAGCUCCAUUUGAAUGUUUCUCCAAAAUUAAGCCCGGAUGUUCCGGAUGACCAAAGGAAGAAAAGAAAUUCCUUCCCAGUUGGAGAUGGAAAGCAGAGUUCGUCGCCGCGCAUGCAGAGAUCGACAUCUCAAGCGCAGCACAAUGUGAAAGUCAACGGCACCCAUUCUCCUCAUAGUUCUACAGAGAGAAGAUGGCAGAGGUGAUGAACCCCACCGACCAACGGGUUUGAUGGUAUCUGAAAUUUGUCAAUAUAGCAGGUGAUAUUGAGGUCCACGAGACGCGACUAAUAUCAUGAUUGUGCUCUUUUCUCAGUUUCUUUUCAGAACAUUACUAAGUAAAGGGCGAGGAGUGCGGCUUGUGUUAUCAUAGAAUCCAUAUUUCUCUUCGUGCCGAGUAGUCACCAUAUGUUUUCUGUGUGAUAUAUUUGCUGGGUUUGUGAGAUACAUUUGGAGAGUUUUCAGCUUCUAUUUGUAAUAAUUGGAGAUUAUCUUUCUCUAUGGUUAUGGCUUUUGUUAUAAGUGAAGCUCAUUUCAGUAUUGACUAUUUGAAUUUCUGAA